GUUUCGGUGGGCGACGACACUACGGGUGCACGCGGUCGGGACGUUGGUGUGGACCAGGCCGGCCGCAUGAACCGCAACCACUCGCGCGUCAUCCGAUGGUUGGACCAGCAGCCACGCGGAUCCGUGGUCUUUCUGUCCUUCGGGAGCGGCGGCACGCUCACAUGGCGGAAGACGGCCGAGCUAGCGCUCGCUCUAGAGAUGACUCACCGUCGCUUCCUUUGGAUCAUCAACAGGCCAGACGAAGACACGGCCAGCGGCGCUUUCUUCGGAACCCGGCGACGAGAGGAAGAUGACGACGAGCUCGGCUUCCUGCCGCGGGGCUUCAUCGAGAGGACGUCCGAGGUGGGGCUCGUCCUCCCGUCGUGGGAGCCGCAGACGGCCAUCCUCGCGCACACCUCCGUCAGCUGCUUCGUGACGCACUGCGGGUGGAACUCGAGUCUCGAGAGCAUCCUCAAUGGCGUGCCCAUGGUCGCUUGGCCUCUCUACGCCGAACAGAAGAUGAACACUGCCAUGUUGGAGGUCCAGGCCGGGGUGGCCAUCCGCGUCCACGCUGACGCCGAUGGGUUCUUCAACAAGGAAGAUAUCGCCAUCGCCAUCCGACAUGUGAUGGGCGAGGAAGAAGGAGCAGGCAUGUUUCGUGAAUUUAGAGACAAAGCGGAACAGGCUCUAACCGAAGGUGGUUCUUCGGCUAUUGCAUUAGCCCAGGUCGCAGAUAAGUGGAGAUCUUCUUGCACUGAGAAGUUCUUCUAGCACUGAGAAUCUGUUUCUCCACUUCUGUAAGUACCAUGAGUUAUUUAAAUUUUCUAAAACCAUAUAAUUCAUAUUGGGCUCGACUGUACUUUUGAUUUGCUGAAAUGUUAUUACUCCAUCCGAUUCAUAAUAAACGUCGGUGCUUUACUACAACUUAAAUAUAAAAUUGUACUAAACCAUCGAUACUUAUCAUGAAUUGGAGGGAGUACAAAAAAAUUAUGCAUUUCAAGAAUGCCAUGUACUUUAUGGUUUUUUAUGUAUUAACAUCUGAUUUGAACAAGUGCAAAAUACACUAGGGACGCGUUUGGUAGCC